AUGAAGUGGAAACUAGCAUUCCUGACUCUUGGAAUCGAGGCGAGGCGCCAUGAAAAGGGCGAAAGAUGGGCCCUAAAGCAGCAGAGAAUUCAGCUCAAAUACGAAGCCAAUGUCAAUCACAACAUCGACUCUGGGGGUGGAGAGGAAAGGUCUGCUGACGAAGCCUGCAAAAACGCUUGCCGAGAUGUGAUCUCUGUUGCUGCCAAAAAUGGCCUCAUCAAAGCCGUCGACAAAUGCACUGAUUCUGUCGAUUUUGUCAAGAAACUCAAGCACAAGAAGCCUGAAACUAUCGCUACCAACGGUGUUUUGAUGUUCGAUGACGAUUUCGCCAACGAUUCUAGCCCAAGACAGACGACUGCCUUGACCGAUUCUGGCAAAUCAAAGUCCCCGGUUAACCGAGGCCCAGGACGGCCUCAGUCAGAGUCGAAGGGAACCAUGAGCUUUGGAGAUCUUCCCGACGAGCUCCUGCUUUUCUCUGACGACAUGGAGGACUUUGGAGAGCCGGAAUUGAUGCCAGAGAGAAUGAUAAGUCCCCAGUUUGAAGCGCCCAAGAAAUCUGGAAAACGAAACAAACGAAAGAAGGGCAAAAAGGGGCGAUCUGGCUGA